AUGGCGCCCGGUGUGGAAGCCGUGAAGGAGACAGGCUCGUUCCAAAAGGUUCCUGCCUUGAACGAAAGGAUACUGUCAUCCAUGUCCAGGAGAUCUGUUGCUGCACACCCUUGGCAUGAUCUGGAGAUAGGUCCUGGCGCUCCAACCAUAUUCAACUGCGUCAUUGAGAUACCCAGGGGCAGCAAGGUUAAAUAUGAACUUGACAAGAAAACUGGACUGAUCAAGGUGGACCGUGUCCUGUAUUCAUCAGUUGUUUACCCUCACAACUAUGGAUUCAUUCCUCGCACACUUUGUGAAGACAGUGAUCCUUUGGAUGUACUGGUUAUAAUGCAGGAGCCAGUUAUCCCAGGCUGUUUUCUACGUGCAAAGGCCAUCGGCGUUAUGCCCAUGAUUGAUCAAGGAGAGGCCGACGACAAGAUCAUUGCAGUGUGCGCUGAUGAUCCUGAGUACAAGCAUUACAACGAUAUCAAGGACCUCCCACCUCACCGCUUGGCUGAAAUCAGGCGCUUCUUUGAGGACUACAAGAAGAAUGAGAACAAGGAGGUUGCUGUGAACGACUUUCUGCCUGCAACUGAAGCUUAUGAAGUCAUACAGCACUCCAUGGAUCUGUAUGCUACCUACAUCGUUGAGGGCCUGAGGAGGUAG